AUGGCUGAGGAGGUGCUGGCUCUCCGCGAGCGGCUGUUGUUCCAGGCCACCUGCUCGGUGUGUCUGGAAUUGUUCAGGGAGCCCGUGCUCACGGCGUGCGGGCACAGCUUCUGCCAGCAGUGCCUGGCGGGCGUGCUGGGGCGCCCGCCGCGCUCCGCCGCCUGCCCGCAGUGCCGCGCCCCGCUGGAGCCGGGCUCCGUGCGCCCCAACCGCUCGCUGGGCGAUGUGGCCGAGCUGGUCCGGUCGCUGGGGGAGGCGGCGGCGUGGCCGCGGUGCCCCCAGCACGGCAAGCCCCUGGCGCUGUUCUGCGAGCCGUGCGCCGCCCUGCUCUGCGCGAUCUGCCGGGACGGGCCCGAGCAUCGCUUCCACCUGAGCCGUUUCCGCCCCGCCGAGGAGGCCGCCCGGGAGCUGCGGGAGACACUCCAGAAAAACCUGCUUUCUUUACAAGAACACAAGGAAUACUUGAAGAGAAGAGGAGACCAGGAAAGUGAUAACCUGCUGAUGGCAGUGAUGUGGGAGUUGCAGCGCGUGCCUGAGACCUUUAAGGAGCUGCAGCAGUUUAUGGAGGAGCAGAAGAAGAUCCUGCUGGCCCAGCUCGAGCAGAUGUCCCAGGAGCUGGUCAGUAAGAGCGAUGAAUACAAGUCCAGGGUUUUGGAGAGGCAGUCGCUGCUGGACACGGUGAUUGCGCAGAUCCAGGAGAAGCGGGACCAGCCGGCGGUCAAGCUCCUCAUGGACGUUGGCAGAAUCCUGCACAGCUGUGAGGCAGCCAAGGCCCCAAUCCCAGAGCCAGUUUCCUCAGAGCUGCAUCAGAGCGUUGGGAGCCUCACUAGGAAGAGCCAGUGGAUCGUGGACAUGAUGGACAAAUUCAAAGUGAGCCUGCGGAGCGAGAUGGACAGGGGAAAAAGGGAGCAGGUGACACUGGACCAAGAGACGGCGAAUCUUGACCUGAUCCUCUCGGACGACCGCAAAACUGUGCGGUUCAGCGGAAAACGUAACCCCCCUGACAUUCCCAAGAGGUUCACGGGCAACCUCAGUGUCCUGGGCUCCCAGGGCUUCACGUCUGGGAAGCAUUACUGGGAGGUGGAGGUCUGGAAUAAGGGCUCCUGGGCCCUGGGGGUGGCCCUGGAGUCUGUGCCGAGGAAGGAGUCGCUCAACCUGCUCAGAUCUGAGAAGGUCUGGGCCCUGCAGCUGGACUGGACAGGCUACUACAGAGCAGAACGUGUGUCCCCUUACCCGCUGGCACUUGGGAAGGCGCUUCAGAAAAUCAGGCUCCAUCUGGACUACGAAGCGGGCCAAGUGACCUUCUACGACGCAAAGGACAUGACGCAGAUCUUGCAGUUUGAGACCACCUUCACUGAGAAAGUCUUCCCGUAUUUUUGGGUCUGCUCCCAAGGUAGCCACAUCCGGGUGUGUGACUGAUAGGGUGGGAUGGCUGCCCGUGCCCUUGGCUAGCUGAGCAGGGAGGAGCUGUGGGAAUGUCACACUGCAGCCUCACUGCAGCUCUGCCUGGGCUGGAUCCUCUCUGCCGUUUUCUGCAUCUCCUCCCACUGAGUCCUUUGGAGCAUUAAAGAAGUGCUGUCCUGCC